UAAAACAAAUUGGUACUGUAGUAUCUGCCAACUGCCACCGGACCAAAACCAAAACGCGCUUCUCAUUUUCAUCGCUUUCUACUUUUUUUUUCCUUUAAAUCAUUACAACUUUUUCCCUCUUCCAAUUCAAUCUUUUCUCAAAAAACAAUGGAUUUUAAAACAAAACCAUUCAUCACUCUUUUUCUCUUUCUGCUAUUUUCUUCCAUUUUCUCACUCACUUUCUCAGCUGCUAAUAAACCCUUCAGCACCGAUAAGUCUCACCGCGUUGGUUCUUCUGCUGUUUUCCGUGUUCAUGGGAAUGUUUACCCUCUUGGGUAUUAUACUGUCUCUCUCAACAUUGGCUAUCCUCCAAAGCUUUAUGACCUUGAUAUCGACUCAGGUAGUGACCUCACUUGGGUUCAGUGUGAUGCACCAUGUAAAGGUUGCACUAAGCCUCGUGAUCAACUUUAUAAACCCAGCAACAACCUUGUGCAAUGUGUGGACCAGUUGUGUGCUGCAGUGCAUUUAACAUCAGACCAUCACUGUUCUUCCCCAGAUGAACAGUGUGACUAUGAGGUUGAGUAUGCAGAUCAGGGAUCCUCUCUGGGGGUCCUUGUCCGAGACUACGUUCCUCUUCAAUUCACUAAUGGAUCUGUUAUACGCCCAAGAAUAGCCUUUGGAUGUGGAUAUGAUCAAAAGCAUUCUGGUACGACAUCCCCACCUUCUACAACAGGAGUCCUUGGCCUUGGCAAUGGAAGAACAAGUAUUUUGUCCCAGCUUCACUCUCUAGGUCUGAUUCGCAAUGUAGUAGGUCAUUGCUUAAGUGGUCGAGGAGGAGGAUUUUUGUUUUUUGGAGAUGAUCUCAUUCCCUCAUCAGGAAUUGUUUGGACACCCAUGUUACCUAGUUCCUCAGAAAAACACUACAGUUUAGGACAAGCAGAAUUGCUUUUCAAUGGAAAGCCUACUACUAUUAAGGGUCUUGACCUUAUUUUCGAUAGUGGAAGCUCUUACACAUACUUCAAUUCCAAAGCUUAUCAGACUAUUGUUGAUCAGGUAACUAAUGACUUAAAGGGAAACCAGUUGAAAAGAGCAACUGAGGAUCCGUCUCUUCCAAUUUGUUGGAAGGGUUCAAAGUCUUUCAAAACUGUAAGUGAUGUUAAAAACUAUUUCAAGCCGUUAGCAUUGAGAUUCAAAAAAGUGAAGAAUUCGCAGAUGCUAAUACCACCAGAAGGCUAUCUCAUUGUCACAAAACAUGGAAAUGUUUGCUUGGGAAUUCUGGAUGGUACUGAAGUAGGACUAGGAGACCUUAACAUCAUAGGAGACAUAUCUUUGCAAGAUAAAAUGGUGAUUUAUGACAACGAGAGACAACAGAUUGGAUGGAUUUCUUAUGAUUGUGAUAGGAUUCCCAAUAUCGAUCGUGAUUUUGAAGAUGAUGCUUUUCCACACCCUUAUGCAGCCAAUUUUGGCAUCUUUGACGACAGGUGCGCUGCAUAGUAAAUGGGCUGUUUGGCCGAGGAUGUUGAGAUGAUUUGGAUAGUACAUAUAAUUCUAUCAUUCACAACAUAUAUAUGCAUAGAUUUUUUUUUGACAACUUGCUACAAUGUAAAUGCUUCAUAAGCUACAAUUAAUGAAUUUGUGAAUGAUAUUCCACGCCCACACAGGCUACACUGAACUACUAAUCCUCACUGGAGGUGGCUGUCAGUAUUUUGUAAGUAUACUAGUAGUAACUUCAGUAAGAGUUAAUACUUAAACAUCUCAAAUUAAGAUCAUAUAUUUUGUAUGGAUUGCUACCGACUUUGAAA